CUUUUCUGUUCUCCUGGGUUCUGUGACUGCCGGAUCGAGAUGGGCUGUUUUAGUGGCGCCUCAAUUGAGCGGGCUUGCGAGUGUGGUGUUCCUGUCGCAGCCAGCUCCAGACGUUCACUACGGUGACGCCCUGCUCCCGGACGAUGGGGGUUUUCCUGCGGCGUUCUAGUCAUGAGGGCGUAAUCAUGCGUGGAACGCACGUGCGACCGCGAUGUUGUGCGUGAGGCUGAUGCGAUCGUCAGCACAGGCGAAGCAUCACCCACCGAUACCGCGAGGGUUUCAGAUCCUCUCUUGCUCAAGCUACCAGGCUCCUGUCGCCAAGAGGGUCCUUUUUGUAUCUGCGGCCACACCGCACCCCAGUGAUAGCUGCAUACCCGUUUCGCGCCACGCCCUCCGUGCUGGAUGCGAAAGAGCGUUUCACACAUUCCCAUGCUCGCCAUGGCGCCGUUCAGCACCUAUUUCUCCGCUCCUCACCCGCUGUCCCCGCUGUCCCUUGUUUUCCUCCUAUCCCGUUUCUCUCCCGCCCUUUCAGUCUCCUGUCCCCAGAUGCUGCGUGCUGCUGCUCCUCCCGAAGCACCAAAGCUUCGCGCCAAUGGGCGUGGUCCGUUGCCUGUGCUGUUGGAAAUUCCGACAUUUUCAAGCGCUCAAAUACCGCAGCCGUAUCUUACAGGGCUCGCGCCAAGAUUUGUAAAUGCAGUGUAUAAAUAUGGCAAUACGACUGGGCUCCUUCACUACAAAUAGUGCUCUAUCAGAUACCACAUGAACUAAA